GUCAUCCUCGUUGUAUCAGCAACUUCGUCUUUCGAUAUGCAAAAGAGUCGGAAUGAAAACGAGAAAAUCGAACCACGAACUAGUCCAACCGAAAUGGCAGCUGAAUGUGUGGAAAACGGAAAAAGAAGCGACGACAAAAAAUCAGAAACACAAGAUGAGGAAGCGUAUAUUUCCAAACUUCGACAAGCAAUUCCGCAAUGUUGUGCAGUCGGCGCUAAAAAUUUACUCUUAAUUACUUUUGGUUCAACCUUGGGAUUUUCAACUAUUCUUAUCCCAGCAUUGCAGAAGGAAGAUUCGGACAUCAAAGUCACGAUGGAGGAAUUAACAUGGAUCGCCAGCCUGAAUUUAUUUCUCGUACCGUUCGGUUGUUUGGCCAGCGGACCGCUGUCGCAGUAUCUGGGCAGAAGGAAGACGAUGAUGCUAGCGAAUAUACCGUUCGUGAUAGCCUGGUUGAUGUUUCAUUAUGCUAGUAAGCCCGCGAUGUUGCUCGUGGCACUUGCGAUGACGGGCCUGACGGGCGGCCUCCUCGAGGGCCCGGUUAUAACUUAUGUCGCCGAGGUAACGCAGCCCUACCUGCGGGGGAUGCUUUCUGCGACUUCGACGAUGGCGAUAACCGUGGGUGUCUUCACGCAAAUGUUGAGCGGCAGUUUAGUCGGCUGGAGAACGGUGGCGCUCAUUAAUCUGACUUACCCGCUUCUUUCCUUUUUCGCUCUGUGCUUAGUACCAGAGAGUCCGCACUGGCUCGCCGCUAAGGAUCGUCUCAAGGAAUCGGAACGCGCUCUCUGCUGGUUGCGAGGCUGGGUAGGCCCGUCGGUGGUGCGAAAUGAAUUUGAAGCACUCCGCGAUUCGAUUCAGAAGUCGAUUCAAACCGACACGGACAAGGAAGAGAUCUGGCGAGCGUACACGAAACGGACCUUCUAUCUACCUUUCUUCUUAGUCAGCGCGGGCUUCUUCAUCAGUAACUUUGGUGGUAGCACCCUGCAAACUUUCGCCGUCGUGAUAUUCGAGAAACUGAACGCGCCGAUCGACGAGUACACGGCCACGGUGUUCCUGGGUGUCGCCCAGGUAAUCGGCAUCAUACUCUGCGUAUUGAUAAUCCACCUCAUGGGAAAGCGCAGGCUGACCUUUUUGUCGGUCGGCGGUAGCGGUAUAUGCUUGCUCAUUAUCGCGAUCUACGGUUACCUCAACAACGCGGGUUACUUUGACGGAAUCAGGUACAGCUGGAUACCUACUACCCUCCUGAUAGGCAGUGCUUUUGCAACGAAUCUCGGCAUCAGGACGCUGCCAUGGAUUCUCGCGGGCGAAGUGUUUCCCGUGAAGGUACGCAGCACCGCAACCGGCGCGGCCGGCAUGGUUGCCUACGUCAUGGCGUCGAUUGCGAACAAAACUUUCCUCUACAUGAUGAACGGCAUGUCGCUGCCAGGCACAUUUUUAUUCUACUCUCUGAUUAACCUAGCCGGUUUGUGUCUAUUGUAUGCGAUAUUACCCGAGACGGAAGGUAAAACCUUGCGAGAAAUCGAAGAACAUUACGCCGGUAUACAGAACCUGAAGAAUCGGCCGAAAAAGGAACAGCAGGCCACCAAGGAGAAGUGGGCAGUCACGAAUCCGGCGAUCGUGUACGACGAGAGUACCGAAAGUAAAUUGUAGAUUGUCAGAAAACGAGUGGCAACUUCACGAAUUAGAUCAUCAACGUAAUUACAUUUCAAACUGCCGACAAAAUUGUCGGAAAUCGGCUGACAAUUUCGUGAAUUAAAUCAUCAACAUUAUUAAAUUUUAAACUGCUGACAAAAUUCGAGUAUUCUAUUAUAUUAUAUGUUAUAUGUCAAAUUAGACAAAGGAAAUUUACGUAGUUUCUCUUCUAUAUUUACGUACGCUUGCAAAGGGCUAUUAUGUAUUUCUUUCAAACGCAAAGUUAUGUAAUUAAGAUAAUUUAAAUUUGAUCAAUUUAUGUAAGCAUGUUAAAUAAGUAUAACUGCGCGGUUUACGCCGCUACUUAAUAACGUUGUUAUUUAUAUGUAUAAUUGUAUGUUGGAUGAGGAAUAAAAAAAAAUUGAUUUUGUAAUAUAGAAUACAAUUUGCAUAAAAGAGAGAGAGAAUUAUAAAGCUUAUUUGAUUGAUGUCUAUUUAAUGCAAAGUGUACAAGAUCGCAAGUGAUAAAUUAAACGGGUUUUCCCCAAAAAAAUUUCUGGCAAAAGAUUGAAAAACUAGUGCUAUUGAAAAAUUUUAGUACGCAGUAUUUUUAUUUAUUAUUUUAUAUUUUUGAAAGGGAGCCGGUUGCCAUAGAGUGCUUAAUAUCAUCGUUGAUAUUACUGCUGAUUAAUCUUUAGAAAUGGAGAUAUUGAUUUAUCGUUUCUAAACUGGUCGCGAUUCUUUUUGCCAAAAAAAUUACCAUAGCUAAAUAAUAAUUAAAAAAUUGACAAAAAAAUAAGUUUCUAAAAAUUAGUAAAAUACUUGACAGACUUAUUUUGUUAACUUGAGAUUCAUUUUCUUCGUUAUUGCUUAUGAAAAUUCUUAUAUUUCACAAAGACUUUCUCAUUCUCUUAUUGCAAUUGAACUUAUGUAGAUUUAUUAUAAUGAAAAUGAAUAGAAUUAAACCUACUAUAUUAACAAACGUUAUUGCUUCUCUGUGAUGAUUCGAUAAUCUUUAACACUAAAUGUAAAAUAAAAUUUAACAAAGCGUAAAAUCACGUGUCAUAUUUUUAUAAGUAAACUCAAAUAGUUACAAAAUAAUUUAUAUACGUUCUUAAUAAAAAAUAUCAACAAAUAGAAAUACAUAUUAAGUUUUUUAAAAUCCAAUUUCUUUGUGUAAUAAAUCAGGCAGCAAUGCGCAGUAAAUAAAGCGUAGCAAAUUUUUUGUAUAAUCUAUAAAAUGUAAUAAAAAUUCUUUAAAACUUAUGUUAGAUAAAUUAGAAAAUUAUUAUUUUCCUCAUAAUUUUUAAUCUUCUAUGUAUA